AGGCCUAUAUCACCAACAACACGGGUACAUGGUGAGAUGGGUCAGGACCCGAUAGGGACCCGAGAAGCACGUCGUGUAUAAAUCCCGUGCUUCAGUAGCUGAUUGCUCUUCGUGGUCGUGGGCUUGAAUAUCCAAAAAAUGGGAGAGUUCAAGCACCUGGUGAUAGUGACGUUCAAAGGAGAUGCCGCCGUGGACGAGAUCCUGAAGGGCUUGGAGAAGCUUGUCUCAGAGAUCGAAGCUGUCAAGUCCUUCGAAUGGGGACAGGACACAGAAAGCCCAGAGAUGCUUAGGCAAGGCUACACCCAUGCCUUCAUUAUGACCUUCGACAAGAAGGAGGACUUCACUGCCUUUGUGAGCCACCCGAACCACGUCGAAUUCUCCUCCAAGUUCUCCGAAGCCAUUGAGAAAGUGGUUCUCCUCGAUUUCCCAACUGUCCUUGCGAAGCCGCAGCGUGCUGCAUGAUUAAUAAUUGCCCGAACCUUUUAGUUCCUCAUGAGUAAACUAGUUAGACCUUAGACCCGUGUGUGAUGAUCAUAUAUUUUCCAAAUGCUUGUACAAUAUUUAUCUGCUAUGGACAUGCAGUCUCAUGCCUCAUGCAUUGCUCUUGUACUGUCCACUUUCCGAUGUAAAGGCUUGGUUUCAAUCGUAAUAAAUACCCGAUAUAUGUUGUUCGUGAAUGUUUA